AUGAAAUGGAAUCUAAGUCGUAAGCAUAAACCACACAAUUAUCCAUCCCAUCUCCCGAUGUCUACACAAACGUCUAACGUAAACUUCAAAGAAGAAAGCGCGAAUACAAGUCGUACGCAUAAACCACACAAUUAUCCAUUCCAUCUCCCGAUGUCUGAACAAACGUCAGAAGUGAAUGCCAAAGAAGAAAGCGCGAAUCGAAGUCGUGCGUAUAAACCACAUAAUUAUCCAUUCCAUCACCCGAUGUCUGAACAAACGUCAGAAGUGAAUGCCAAAGAAGAAAGCGCGAAUCGAAGUCGUGCGUAUAAACCACAUAAUUAUCCAUUCCAUCACCCGAUGUCUACACAAACGUCUAAAGUAAAUGUCCAAGAAGAAAACGAAAAUAUAAGUCGUAUGCAUAAACCACACAAUUAUGCCUCCCAUCUCCCGAUGGCUACACAAACGCCUAGCGUAAAUGUCAACGAAGAAGAAAGUCCAAGUGAUUUUCCAAUUUCCCAUGUUCAUUCAAAUAGCAAUCAUAUUAAUAGAAUACAAAAUGCAACGGUUAUAUUUUCAAAUAAUCAAAAUGAAAUGAAAUGA